AUAAAGUAGAACACGCCGAUGCUUUACACUUUUGUUUUCAGUUGUAUCGCAGAGUUACUGAAAGCCAGACGCCCAACAUUGAACGACGCUUCAAAUGUGAAAAACCCCCAUAUCACUUUUAAAUGUUUAUUAACUUUUGUCGUGUCGUGUGACCAAAAUAAACUCUCGUCGACAACUAGAAACAAAAACAAAACCAAGCAACCAACAUACGUUUCAGAUAUCAAAGAAGUAUUGAAAGCCAAAAAAAAAAGAAAAAAUAAUUGAAUUAAAAAAAAAUUUACACCAAAAUAAACAACAACAUUGUGUCAAUAAAAAUAAAAAUUAAAACCGGAUAAAAAGUAACGAGAAACUGAAAUUAGUUGUUGGGAGCGAAAAGCGCGUUAAGUAAAUAGUCGCAUUUAAUAAUAAACGCCAUAAAGUAAAGAAGGAAAAAAACAUUUUUCUGGCAAAAUGUUUGAUACCAUCAGUUAUAUUCCAACCAUAUUGGCCUAUAUCUUUAUAUCACUGCUGGUGACCAUACUGGGCUUUAUUGUCAUCUAUGUCAGCCAUAAAAUCUAUGUGACCAUCUAUGACAAUUUGCCAGUGGCCCCAUUGUCGCCGUCAUCAUCAACCAAGAUCACACAGAAAAUCAAGACCAUGAGCCAGCCCAGUGCCUUGGUGUGUGGACCAAUGGGAAGAAAAUCGAAAACAGCCUUACGAAUUAUAGUUACUUUGGAACCCUGUUAUCUGGCCUAUAUGGUAUUCAAGAUCGGUUACUCUGCAUUGUGUUCUUUACCUCCACCAAUGAGUUCAACUGGGCCCUCAAGUCGUCAGUGUUUGAGCACUUCACAGGUUAUUGUUCACGACCCAUGUACAUGGGUUGAUCACCACAAUGACAGAUGGAUGCUAAAAUACUAUGACAAUUUGUCCGCAAUUCCCAUUUGUCAUGGCAUGCGAAAUCAGCAAAUAUGCGAAAUGCAGUGGUUGGGCACCGGCAAACAAUAACACUGUGCUUCCAAUGUAGACUUAUAAAAAAUGAUACGCCAUUUGGGGACAUUCAAGCAAAUACAAAAACACAAAAAGGAGGGCAAAAAGAUUUGUGGAAUUUAUGUCAAAAUUAUGUUGUAUACAAGAGCAAAAAAAUAUAUAUGAGAGUCUUAGAAGAGACAACUAUUCGUAUGAUUAUGGUGCACAGAAAAAAAUAAGCUUUAAAAUGUUUAUUUGCAAUGAGAAGAAAAUUUAGAAAAAAUUUAAUUUUAGAAUUUUUGUAACGUUUUUGAAUCAAUUACAGUACCAUAGACUUAGUUUGCAUACCAAAAAAAAAGGCCUGUAAAGUAUUAACCCAUUAACGACGAAUGGGUAGAAAAAGACCCAAGAAUAGAGCUGUCUUAGAAAAAUUCCAGCUCGAGUUAGGAAAAAGAUAUCCUAAUGAAAUUUAGAUUGGCGUAAAGUAGAUGAAUGAAAUUUGUUUAAAAAUAAUGUUCCCUCCCCAUAAGGUCAUGUUUUGCAGGAAAAUUGGCUUGUCCAAAGUUGACAACUUUUUUAUAUCCAAAAAAAAAAUCAAACAAAAAUUUUCUCAAAAUUCAAAGGAGUGAGAUUUCAAUAUUAAAACAAGUAAAAAGACGUUAAAUUCGGCCGGGCAGAACAUUGGAUACCCACCACCUAGGGUAUAUAUUUAGACCAUCUUUCAUCACAAUCCGGCGAAAAAUGUAUAACUUAUACCUCCAUAGCAUUUAUAUCGAAAUAUGGUCCGAUUUGGACCAAAUUCAGCACGGACAUUGAGUAGUCUAAUAGGAGGAAGGAUAACGAGUGGCCUAACACAACGUCUUGUCCCAUAUUUCAGCAAAAUCGGAUAAUAGAUGUGGCGGUCCAAAUCGGUCUAUAACAUGAUAUAGCUCCCAUAUAAACCGAUCUCCGAUUUGACUUCUUAAGCCCUUACAAGCCGCAAUUUUUAUCCGAUUUGGCUGACAUUUUACAUGUAAUGUUCUGUUAUAACUUCCAACAACUGUGCCAAGUGCGGUCGAAAUCGGUCAAGAACCCGAUAUAGCUCCCAUAUAAACGGAUCUACCGAUUUGACUUCUUGAGACCCUGAGCCCCGCAAUUUUUGUCCGAUUUGACUGAAAUUUUGCAUGUAGUGUUCUGUUAUCACUUCCAACAACUGUGUAAAGUUCGGUCGAAAUCAAUCAAGAACCUGAUAUAGUUCCCAUAUAAACCGAUGUCCCGAUUUGACUUUUUGAGCCCCUGAGCCCCGCAAUUUUUGUCCGAUUUUACUGAGAUUUUGCAUGUGGUGUUCUGAUAUGACUUCCAACAACUGUGCCAAGUACGGUCCAAAUCGGUCUAUAACCUGAUAUAGCUGCCAUAUAAACCGAUCUCCCGAUUUGACUUCUUGAGCCUUUGAGCCCCGCAAUUUUUAUCAGAUUUGCCUGAAAUUUUGCAUGCGGUGCUCUAUUACAACUUCCAAUAACUGUGCCAAAUACGACCCAAAUCAGUCUAUAAACUGAUAUAGCUCCCGUAUAAACCGACCUCCCGAUUUGACUUCUUGAGCCCUAACAAGCCGCAAUUUUUGUCCGAUUUGGCUGAAAUUUUGCAUGUGGUGUUCUGUUACGACUUCCAAAAACUGUACCAAAUCGUUCUUUAAUCUGCUAAAGCUCCCAUAUAAACCGGUCUCCGGAUCAUCCUUAUCCGGUUCCUAGAAGCUAGAAUCUGUAUGUAAUGUCCUUCAAACAGAUUUAUUUUGCAUAAAUUUUUAUCAGAAUCCAUGGUGGUGGGUUCCAAAGAUUCGGCCCAGCCGAACUUAGCACGCUUUUACUUGUUUUAAAUUUUUUUCAAAAAUUAAAAUUUUCCUUUCCAAGCAUUUAAAAAAAAAAUUUUUAAAAAGUUACUAAAUUCUUUUUAUGUUUUUUUUUAACAAUUUUUUUUUAAUCAUUUAAAAAAUAUACUACGUCAAUAUAAAUGCUCUUAAUAAUGAAUAUAUAAAAUUCCAUCAAAAUUGGACAAGGUAAUCGAGGCUCAGGCGUUAAUGGGUUAAUCCUUCAAAUUAGCCCAUGUAUGUGGGGAUUUUAUCCUAUAUUUGUACAUGCAGACAAACAAACGUUUCCAUAUUGUCUCAGAAUAUCAAAACCAUCUGAAAAUUUAUCAGGCUAACUAAGUCUCAGUUUAAUACUUUGAUUUAUGUGGUUGUCGUAAUUACCUUAAUGGAUAUUUUGCUCUUAAUUUCUUCUCAGUGUAAAGUCCAAAAGACAAAAGCCAGUAUAUAAAGAAAACCCACCCAGACAAAAACAAAUUAAAAAUACAUCAAAAAAUAAAUAAAAACCAUUAAGGAAAGGCAAAAGUCGGGCGUAGUCGACCAUAAAAUAUCCUACACCACCGAGUCAACAUACAUAGUACUUUCAAUAUAUGAAACCUAUGUUGAAAUCUAGUCAGACUUUAAUUUUGCAUACCCAUUGAAAAACUGAUUAGAAACUUGUAAGAUUUUUUUUCGAUAGGACUUAAAUGGUCGCUACUAUCGGAGAUAUAUCUAAAUCUGGACCGACUUUAGUGAAAUUAAGCACACGUGCUAGGACGUUAACUAAAACACAUUGCGUUUUAUAAAGUUUAGGCCACAAUUGUGACGACUGCAGCCUUAAUAGGUCAAAUCGGAUGAAAGAUAUAUAUGGAAGCUAUAUCUAAAUCUGAACCGAUUUUGAUGAAAUUUUGCACACAUCUUGGGACGUCAGAAAAAUCACUUCAUGCCAAAUUUUGUAAAGAUCGGACCAAAAUUGUGACGACUACAGCCUUAAUAGGUCAAAUCGGAUGAAAGAUAUAUAUGGAAGCUAUAUCUAAAUCUGAACAGAUUUUGAUGAAAUUUUGCACACAUCUUGGGACGUCAAAAAAAUCACUUCAUGCCAAAUUUGGUAAAGAUAGGACCAAAAUUGUGGCUUUCACAGCUUUAAAAGGCCACAUCGGAUGAAAUAUAUAUAUAUGGAAGCUAUAUCUUAAUCUGGACCGAUUUUUUUCAAAAUAGCAAUAGCGUUCGUCCUUGGACCAAGAAAGAGACUUGUGCAAAAUUUUAUGAAAAUCGGACUACAAAUGCGACCUGCACCUUGAUUACUAGAAUACAUGGACAGACAGACAUACGGACGGACAGACGGACAUAGCUAAAUCCAAUCAGGAAGUGAUUCUAAGCCGAUGGGUAUAGUUAUAGAUGGGUCUAAUUCUUCUCCUUCUUAGCGUUGCAAACAAAUGCACAAAGUUAAAAUACCCUCUACCACAGUGGUGGUGUAGGGUAUACACAAAAGAACAAAAUUAUCAUAUAGUACAAAUAUUUAAGAUAUACCAUUGCACCCAACCUGAGUGAUAAGAUAUGCAAAUACAUGCAAACAUACAUGCACAAAAAAAUCCCAAUUGUACAUAUAGACAUACAUACAUAUAAAAGUUAACAUACAAACAAAUCAACAAACAUUUUGUUUAUCAAUCAUAUAGGCAUGGAAGUGUAAAGACCCACGCAUUUAAAAACAAUCUCACCUUCUCUUUGUCACUGUAGGUCAGAUAAAAAUUAUUAUUUUAAUUAAAUAAGUAUUUCGAUAAAUUAUAACCGCACACACGAUCAAUACCACGCCCACUCCUAUCAUAUGCCCCUGCCUAGUGCAUGCUAAGUAUGGUGGUAUUUUGUGUCUUCCGGUAUUGAUGGAUUUUUCAAAUAAGGCGGCAUGUGGGAAGACAUGACGUCACAGUGGUGGCUGUAUUCUUAUGCAUUUUUUUUAUUCUUAUAUCCCAUUGUUAUGAUUGUUACUGUUGUUUUGUUUUAAAAAUGACACUUCAUAUAUAAGCAAAUUUACCUAUUUAUAAAAAUAAACAUGCAAUAAAUACUAUA